CCUCAUCCCUCGCUACAGUACGAUCUGCCCCCUCUGCUGGAGGCUCAGGUUUAUCUGGAAUCAAGGUGAAAGCCAUUCAGAAGCCGCGCGCUGUAAGGUGAAGGAGCGGUCCAUCACGACGCCGGGGGGAGAGCGAGCGAUAAGGACUGGGAACGGGGUUUGACUUUUUCCGCGUAAACUCUGAUUUGAGGGGCGAGCGGGAAGCCAUGUCUAUGUUCUCAGCUCUCGGGCUGCUCUUGCUGUGCCAGCUUUUGACAUCAUCUACAGCCCAGGUAAGCGGUGGCUUUGGUGCGCCCGUUAUCCAUCCAUCCCUGAUGUUUUCAUCUGCCACCCUGUGCUCGGAAUUGCUGUUUGUAUAGCUUCUUUGUAAGCUGCCUGAAGAAUUUGUAGGCACUCGAUAACUGGCCUGAGGUUCCCAUUCAGUUCCUAGAUUUGCUUUCUGCUGUGGGUGUAAAUGUGUCAGUCUAAUCCUUCCAUGAUAAUUACGCUACCUGCAAGGUGGUCACUUAUAGGCUAUUUAUCAUCCAUUUGUAUAUUAACCUUUGACCCAGUUUUAUACAUAGGUUAUAGACGGUUUUGAUUUUUUCCUACGUGUUAGUGCCUUUCUUGUUUUAUAAGGUUGUAUGUAGCCUAUAAAGUGUCGAUUUGUUCAACGAUUCUUGAAUGGGUUAUUGAAACAAUUAGGUAAUUUGUUUAUUUAAUCAUCCACAGGUGUCCGUGAAGGACUGUCGUCUUUUCAGUUACCUUUUUUAAUUUACUUGCGAGUUUAUGGAGUCAGGGUUAUGUUUACCCUGAGGCUAAAGAAUGCAGAGCCUGAAGAUCAGUGGCCUGUUCACAAUGACACCUUUGUUCAUUCAGCCGUGCUUGGAAGCCCUAGGAAACACCUACGUUUAUUAGUCCAGUCUGAAAUUAAAUAAACUAUAUUUGUAUUAUUUUAUUACACUUAAAUGAUUAGUUUGUUACUCUAUAAAUUAUUUGCACUGCCUGUGCGUAAUUUGGGUCAUAUCUGCGCUUAACCGCACGGUUGUAUAAAGGUUAUUUCAUGCGCAUAGCUUUGGCAUCAUAUAUUUUGUGAUACAUUUGAUUGUUUUUCACAACGGAAUCAUGGAAAUUUAUUUUUUAUUUGUUUCAGUUGAUUGUUUAGGAGAUUCAAAGCAAUAUAAUAUAAUAGAACCUGAAGCCUACCAAUGUGGCCACUUCUUUUUCGUUCUGAAUAAUGACGCACGAUCAGUUCACACUAAUAUUGGAACACUUUCAACAACAAGCAUUUAGACUUUGUAUAUAAAAGUCUUUAUCCGGUCUAUUUUUUCAUCCUUAAUGCGCACAUUCCUUCCAUGCCCAUUUGGACAGUAGCCUGGACACAAAGCAGCUUGAUUUUAGGCCAUUUAUAAAGAUUUAUCACAUGAUAAUACCUAUCUGUCUUGCGGAUAUUUGUAUUGAUUUUUGACGUCUUGGUUUUGUGUCGCAGAGACCCGGCCCAUCGGGAGCAGUCGGGCCGCCAGGACCCCCGGGACCCGCGGGAAAGGAUGGUACUGACGUGAGUUAGCUAGCCAGACACCGAUGCACGAGGGGCUCUCAUUGGUUUUGAGACCACUGUAAGGUAGUGGAGUGUAGUAGAGCUGGGCUUUGCUAUCCAAUUACUGAAUGAAGUUGUCGUCAUGGCUGAGGCAAUCAAGCAACUUGUUACUUUAGCACUUGCUUCUCAAACGAAUUUUAACAUUUACUUAUGUGGACCUACAUUAGGAUUUAUGCCAACUUUUUAUAGGGAAGGUGUUGUAUUUGAUACAACUUGAUCAACUGUGAUUGUGGUCAAAUGCUCUCUAGCUAUCCAGUCUAUAGCAGAUUGACCCCUCCCACUGAGAGUCAUACCCGGCCCCACAAGUAUUUAGUCAUCAUUAAACACUCUUUCACUUUCUAUUGGCCAGAGGGCACCCGAUGACACAUCAGAGCCAAUCAUGAUAGAUAUGGGAAAAGCCAAAGGUCGGACCUUAAACCAGAAAUCAAGUUCAUAAUUGUGCUAUAUGUUAGAGGGGAAAUAGGAUUAUGUGCUCAAAAAACAAAAACACUAAGGGCUAUGGUCUCAAACCUUUACAAUAACUUGAUAUGUUAAUGGGACCAAACAGAGCCUGCAACUUUUCAGAUCUCAUAACAGAAAUUCAAUUAAUUUUAUAUUUGAUGUCAAACCUUUAGAUAUUGGGGAUUGAAUAGUUGUGUUGCUUUAGUGGAGCAAAGUCAAUUCACCACAGUUUGGAAGGCCUGCCAGUCAUACAGAAGACCUAUUCAUUCAUACAUUCCCCAACUCUACGAGAGCAUCUAAAGUUACCCCUCACACCUCCUUCCUCGCCACCCUCUCCUCCCUCCUCCUACCCCCUGUCCAAACCAACCGGAGGCUUUCAUCAUGUGACCAUUCCGCUCAGUCAGGUCGUUUUUAGCAAUGUUUAUUUUUCCCCAUUGCCCACUGGGAGAUUUAUGGCAGAGGGUAACUACAACCUCCUGUGUGUUAAAGCACUUCAAACACUCAGUCUAUCUAUCACUGGUAGCCAUUCAACAUAUAGCUGUAGAUGAGUUUCAUUUCAGCCGUGUUUUCAUUGACCUUUUAUGACAAAAUGGCCAGAAGGACGUCCGUAUUUCACAGCUUUCUGCUGAGAUGGUAUUAUUAGUCUUUAAACACACAUACACACACACACACAGUAAUUGAGUGGCAUUUGUGACUGUGGACUUGUAUUAACAUACAACUUAAUCACUUGUUAUUUAAGGAUAUGAUAUGUCCAAAAUCUGUCCAAUUUCCCAGACUGAAAUCAAAGGCCUUUGAGAUAUGUGUCCUUUUGGAAUCUUAUGUUGUUUCCUUUGAUUGACAGGGCAAAGACGGCCCUCCUGGACUUUCAGGGAAAGCUGUGAGUAUAACAACAGAACAUAACCUUUUACAACAACAGAUCAACAAUUCAUUUGUGUAGGGUGUUUGAUUGUUCUAACACAGACCUGUUCCAAUGUUUUAGGGACCCAAGGGGAAAGCAGGGGGAGCAGGAGGACCAGGGAACCCAGGCCUGCCCGGCCUCCCAGGAGUGGACGUAAGUGACCCGUAGAAACUCACACAUACACACUGGUCUUGUUAUUGAUGCGUAAGAGAUUGUCUGAAUUGCUGUCAUAGAUAACUCAGCAUGCACCUAUUAGAUAUGCAGUAGCUUGAGGCUAUUGAUACCAAGCUGUAGUCCAUGAUACUAGCUUCGACUGAUUUGGACUGAACAGCCAUUUACCUGCAUACAGAGCAAGUAACCUGUCCUCUAUUCAGUGAACAAUUUGCUCAUAGCUACCGUUUGUUAGAGAACUUGAUUGAAUUAUCCCAUAAAAUGUGUCUCCCAUCUAUUCAAACAGUUGAAUUGAGCAAUUUAGACGUAAGAAAUAGCACAAUAUAACGUCUAAUAAUGUUUCCAUGAUGUUGUUAUUCCUCCUCAGGGAUUGACAGGUGCUGAUGGGCCUGCAGGGAAGGACGGUCCUCCAGGGGAGGUGGUAAGUGAAGUGCCUAUCAGUCUCCCAGGGUUCCUGCAUGGCUGUUUGCCUCUGGAUGUGCCUCAUUAACUUUAAUGACCUCUUCGACUAAAGACUGCCACUUUGGCCUCAUCAAUCAGCCACUAAAACACACACACACACACACACACACACACACACACACACACACACACACACACACACACACACACACACACACACACACACACACACACACACACACACACACACACACACACACACACACACACACACAUUAUGUACAGAGUGACAUAAGGUGAGACAUGAGGUGCCUCAGUUAGCUGAAUUUAUGAAAACCCACACAGAGAGCUAGUGUUGUGACCUUAGAAUGACCUUAGGCUGAGAUAGGUGCCAUCCAGUCCUCUGUGUAUCAUAUCUGUAUGACCCUACAGAAUAGAGAGAAAGGGGGUUAGUUACAUUGAGCUCCUUGAGACCUUGGUGGGCUAAAGCUGGUACCUACUCAGGCCUCUGUUUUUUCCCUGUCGGGACGGAUUUGUCGAGCUGGCUCUGGCCCUUUGUGGGAAUGUUUUUAAUGAGGGAUAGGGUGACUCUGAGUCGGAUUUAUCUAGCGCUGGCCGCUGCUUCCCUAAUCCCGCCCGGAAUGCGCACAGCUGCCCACCAAUCCGGCCCAGACUAUAGGAAGUAGAGGGAUCUGCGGCUUGGAUGCAGGAGGAAAUAAAUACAGUUAUCCUCUGAGGAAGAUGAAGCGGUGAGAAUCUGAAGGACUGGGUGGUAAGGCAUGAAAGCAGUACAGCGCAGGAGAACGUAAUGAUAUUAUAUAGCACCCCCAGAACUGGAUAUGAAGUGUUGGGAGUAAUGCAUAAAAUGUGAGCUAUAAAAGGAUGUUAAAAUGGUCCUCUGAUCACAACUUGAAGGGUGUAAAUGGGUCCGCUGUCAAAAUGGAGGCAGCCCUCUGCAAUUCAACUAAUUAGUCACACUAAUCAGGAAGUGAGUGUUUACCUGACUGCCUAAUUACCUGGAUUAAAUGUGCCAUGCUGCAAUUGGCUUAAAACCUGUCUGAUAUUUCCUGGCUAACAUCCAUGCACUAAUGGGAUGAAGGUUGACAAGCUUGGACGUUCUCUCCCUCCCCCUACUUACACUGAGGAAGGAAUUUGGGCUGAAGCUGUUUUCAGAGCAAAACACAGGAGCUACAUUUUCAGGAAAAAAUACCUUUCCCUGUCAAGACAUAUCGACCACCUCCCCAAAACAGUCACUAGAUAAUGAGGUGCACCAAUUCUCUUCAACACCCAUAAGCAGUCUUUACUGCUUAGACCAGAGGAAGAUUCUGUAUGUUUUCACUAUUAAAGGUGCUACACAUAGGAUUCUUUAGAAUUUUUGCAUUGUAAUAUCAGAAAAUGUCCAUAAUAUAUCUGGCGCUAACAGUGGAAUGAUAAGUGUUUCACAGUAUUACUUACCUGCCAGUGGUGUGAUUGGCUGUGAUAUUCGCCUAUUGAUUUCUUCAGCCGGAGCGGCAUCUGUUGUCAAACUGGGAAAGCUGUUCUGACUUUGUGGGUGUGUUAUCUAGUGGAAAUCGUUCUGUCAUUUCCUGGUUGCUCAAAUUCUACAAAUUCUACACUGUUUGCUCAAUUUCAGUUUAUGUGAGAAAACAAGCACUGAAUAUUGUAGGGAAUCAUUGUACCAUCUAAAUCGCUGUGAAAUAUAUUUUCAUUAACAAAAAAUAUAGUUUUUACAGCUUUUUGAAGCUGGUGGACCAAAACCGCUGUUUAAAGCUGGUGGUAACUUUCACAUUUUGGUCCACCAGCUUCAAAUAGCUGUAAAAUCAAUCAAACAGAGAAUACUAGAGAUACUGAGAAUAACAGUAGAGGGAUGAAAAGUGAAAACAAACCACGACAAAUUCCAUUCAUCACAGGAGACAUGCAUGCGUGUGGCUGUGUGUGUGCAUGUGAUACGUGCUCGUGUGCAGGUGCAUGCGCGCCUAAGUGCUGUGUAUGUGUGCGUGCAUUUAUGUGCUUGAGUGCGUGCAACAGUGUCUGUGCGUGUCUAACUGUGUGUGUGUGUGUGUUAGUGCAGCAGUCUAGUCUACACUCAUCCACUGUAAAGUCAGUUGGAACAGUGAGGAAUGCAGUGUGGGUUGCCAUGACACCACUGUGUUAAGUCUGAUUGUGAUUCUUUUUCUCCCUCACACCACACCAACAGCCCAAACACAGCUGAGAUGGAAUGUGGUGGGGACAGAGGAGGGGUCGGAGGGCAAAGGAGGGGGGCAAUGGGGAAAGACAGAGGAAACAGGGAGGGAGGGGUGAAAGAGUAGACAGGAAAAGGGACAUAAAAUAAGGAGUGUAUCGGGGGGGGGGGGGGGGGGGGGGGGUACAUCUUUAUUAGACUCUUGCUGUGGGUCAUAUCAGGUCACUGCAGCACUUUUCAGCAUAGGAAAAGUGUAUGUAGUUUACAUUUGUAACAUCUUUAUAAUAAUGUAAUAAUUUGGAUAGUUUCCCACCUAUUUGGACCAAGGCAGUUGCACUAGUUUUGGCUCACUGAUACAUGACUCAAUGCUGACACAUGUCAUCCCCUCCCAAAGACCUCGAAACACAGUUUUGGCACAAGAACAUGCAAAUAAUGUUUUAGGUUUUUAACCUAGUUCCCACCUAGUCUCAUGUUUCAUUGUAUCUGUUGAAGUUGUCUAAGGGGUUGUGUGUCUUUGUCUCUACAGGGCGAUGCUGGACCUCCCGGGCCAGGUGGACCUCCUGUAAGUACUGUUACAUCUUCCACCAAUAGAUAACAACGUAGCCUAUAUCACCGGUCCAUAUUCAUAACCUCUAUUACACCAGACUGAUCACUAGAAAUAGAGAUAUUGUUGAUUACACACACUCACCUGUCAACAGCUAAAUCCAUAACUAGGGCCCAGAGUGUUUCCUGGUCGGGUCACAUGGUCAAGAAAAAUGGUGGGCCCUACCUAUAAGACACACACACAAAUGUUCCCAGUUAUAACAUAACACAAACACACACAGCUGUCUAUCUACAACAAACAUACCUAUACCUAGUGUUUACAUUCGGUAUACUGUCACACAUCUUCAAUUACACCUAUACAUUUUAACCAUUAUAACAUCAGCUUGUUAUGACACGAUGGCUCAUAAGUUGUCUGGUGUGUAUGUAUGUCUUAAUAUGCCUUCCCCUGUCUUCCUUAGGGCAGAGGGAGACCAGGAGCUCCAGUGAGUACAGAUGAUCAGAAACAGUUUUCUUAUGUUGUCACUUUGCUUUUAUGUGUGUGUGCGUAGAUAUUUUUCGCAUGUCUAUAUGUGACUUCUUAUAGUUAUGCAUGUGUGUGUGUGUGUGUGUGUGUGUGUGUGGGUGUGUGUGCUCUCACCCAACCCAUUUCUAUUGUUUCCAGGGGCCACCAGGAGCCAAUGGGCUUGCGGGCGGAAUCGGGCCACAGGGACCAGCAGUGAGUGUUAAGACCAAUUAAUUAAUUAAUCAAUCCCAAUUAAGAAAGAUGUACAACAGACAGAAAUCAGGGAAAUUUACACUUAAUGCCCUAUUUGACUGCCACUACUGGGUAUCUAGUGGACUCACUGGUAAUUCAUGACGAAGUAAUCAAGUUGGCAAGUUAAAUGUUUAACUACUGAAUGACAAGUAAAAUCUGCAGUACCAGAAGCAGUAUCACUCCAGGACCAGGGCUAGAGACCCCUGAGACAGACAAGACAGGCAUGUCUCUCCAAUCCAAUCCUUUUUACAUAAACACCUCAGAUAGACUCAAGCAUCAAUGACCGCUAACAGUUGUCAAGUGGGAGAAUCCAAACGUUCCAUGAGUGGAUGGGGUCCUUGUUAGUGAGCUACCCCAGCGUAAGAUCUCAUCUCUUGGGAGUGGAGUGGGGAAAGACCCCUGGAGAGAGAACCAGGACUGAUUGGCGUGAUCGUGAUGAGGCAUGAUUUCAGUUGAGCUUCUUAUCAGAGACGCUGAUUAGAGGUUCAGCAAUGGAUAGUCACCUUUGAUUUCCUUUAGUUUAACAUGAUGAGGGUAGGGGCAAUGUAAAUCUAUGCAGUGAUUUUGGUACAGUUUAUAUGCAAAUGAAUCAUGUUGAUUGAUUGACUCUAACCUGUGUGUUCCUUUGCCUCUCUCCCAGGGCCCUGAGGGCCUUGCAGGAUUGCCUGGGCCUCCCGGCCCUGAUGGACCCCCAGUAAGUACAGAACGUCUACAUUAUCUGUUGAUUCUCCACCUUAGUGAAAUUGCUAUUGCUGCCAUCAGUCAGGGAUGGAUAUGCAUGGCCACACAGAUGUGGGGUGAAGAAAUGCUUAAAGAAAGAAAUAAUUCAUCCGUCGGCAUGCCUGAUGAAAUGUUACACAUUCAUUUAUAUUUCAAUCUAAACUUCAUUCUCUACCUCUCUAAGGGUCUUCCUGGGGCUCUCCCUGAUGGCAGUGGAGAUCUGCUGGUAAGUGUCAGGACAUUUUUUCAGACCCAACACAUUGAAGUACAUCAACCCUGUACUGUGCUGCAUUGCUAUGCGCAACAUUAAACAGCAAUGGGACAUUAUAUUUACUACAUGCCUUUGCCUAAUGCGGUGUUGACUCUCCCCUCUAUAGUGUCCUGCCAUCUGUCCUCCUGGUCCCUCCGGACCCCCAGGAAUGCCUGGAUUCAAGGUGGGUACAGGACAUUGUUGCUCUACCUUACUGAUUGUGACUUUUAAAGCUCUGACAUGUGUGCUCUUCAAAUGACACUUUCCCCCAGGAACAUGACACCAAAACUAACUGUUGUAUCUCCCCCUCUCCCAUUCUCAUCAUCUACCCCUCUUUGUCUUUCUCUAUAUCUCUCGCCAUCCCUCUCUAAAUAUGUUUCCCUGCUUCUUCUUUGUCUUUCCUUCCAUCCUCUCUCUCUCUUAAUUUAGGGUCACACAGGUCACAAAGGAGAUAAGGGAGAGCUCGGGAAAGAUGGAGAGAAGGUGAGAUCAAUAAGAAUGAAACUCAGGGAGGAGAAACAUUUACUAGUCUGAAGUGUUAAUCCAGAUGUGAAAUACCUGUUGUUAACUGCGUGUCCUGUUGUCUCUCCCAGGGUGAUGCUGGCCCAUCUGGUCCUCCUGGUAUUCCCGGCACUGUGGGCCUGCAGGUGAGGGAUGUCACCUAAUAUGGCUCAAAACACAGCCAUUUUUAUCUGUUGGCUGUUUGUUUAGAUUGUCCAUUACUUUCUGCCCUGGGCCUGAUGUGUGAAUGCUAUGCAGUGUUGAUUGUUCUGAUUGGUUCUCAUGGUGGUUGUGAUCGAUUCUGAUUGGUUCUUAACCAUCCUGUGGUGUUUUUUCCCCAGGGUCCUCGUGGUUUGAGAGGACUUCAGGGCCCGAUGGGGGCAGUAGGAGACAGGGUGAGUACCACGCCUCUGAAUGUCGUUGUCUCAGACCUCUGUCUUCUGUCUGGAACUUACAGACCAGCAUUUCAAUAGGCUGCAGUGGAAACGUUGUCCGUUUUCCUGAUUGUAAUGCAUCUACUGUCUCUCUUUCAUUUCUCUUUUUAGGGUUUACCUGGUUUCCGAGGCAAACCUGGUAUUGCUGGUGUCAUCGGCAAGACAGUGAGUCUCUCCUUGUUUGUACUAUCUGUUGAGUAGUGUAUAACUCGUACCUCACUUCGGCACUGGUGUUUAUGUCAUUGUGUUAAGUGUCUGCCAUUGGUCCCAUCAAUAAAAAGCUCUGUGUGUGUCAUUUGAUAAUUCCAGGGUGAUGCUGGAGAGAAAGGACCAGAGGGAUUUAGAGGGCCAAAGGGAGAGAUUGUGAGUAAAUAAUACACAUAUACUGUAUAUUUUUGUAUUGAUAUUUGCAUGUCUGAAUGAACAUCCUCUUUGCAGGCAACUCUAAUCCCUAAUGAAAUAGCAGACUAAACAGUCAUGUGAUGGUAAAUGGUAAAUGGUGUGAGUACAAGGGAUUGUAAAGGAUCUAAUGUUGCGCUACAAACUGUUCAUUUCAGGUAAUGUAACAUUGUUCCUUGUCAUUUCUCAACAGGGCAAAAUUGGUCCAAAGGGAGUUCCCGGGGGAGCAGGUCCCAAAGGGGAGCCUGUAAGUCUUAAAAUACAAAUCUCUUAAAAUACACAUCUCUAAUGAAAUGCAAAUCUCUAAUGAAAACAGAUAUUGCAGAUCUCGGACCCCUGACCAACAGAGUGUUCCUCUCCUCCGCAGGGCAUCCCUGGCAGAGAUGGGAAAGAUGGCACCCAGGGACUGGACGGCGAGAAGGUAAAGUGGCGCCCUUUUCUCCCAAAAUGCUCUCUGCUCUACUGACGUUUCCCAUGAGCCCACAGUGGGUGUGGCUGAUGUCAUAGUGACAGUGUUUCUCUACAUUGCCAGGGCGACGCCGGACGGAAUGGGGUACCCGGUGAGAAAGGACCCAACGGCCUUCCUGUGAGUAUCAAACACAGUGUGUCUCCCUCCCCGUAGCCGGAGCUGCUGUGUAAAGCAUGCCAUUAUCUAGCGUCCCACUGUGUACAGUUGGCCAUUAUCUGUCCCACUUUAUCCUACUAGGAGAUGCCCUUAAACACACACACUCUAAUUCUCUUACACAUUCUAAUGACCACACAAUCAUAUCUAACUCAGUCUCCCACAGUGUGUUUACUAGGCCCAAGUCCCAUAGAAUCAUAGUACUACUGUGGACACUACCCCAGAGUCAUGUUUCUAUGUCUGUGUUUCAGGGUUUACAAGGAAAGGCUGGCACAAAGGGAGCCAAAGGAGGAGUUGUGAGUAUGACAACAAUGCAUAACCAGGUCAUGAAGACAGUGAUUUCAUAAAGACAAGGAUAUGAUGUAUACAAUGGGGCCAUAAAGAGAAGGAUAUCAUAGUUAUCACCACCGCAGAGAUCAUAUUAAAUUAUGGAGUUCUAAUAUGUAAUUAUAUGGUUAAACCGCAAGUCGCUAUUCACUAUUUCCACACCGUGGGGGAAAACAUGGGGGAGUUCUCAUAGACUGCCAGCAAAAAAAGCCUCCAUUUACAUGUUGCUUAUGAGUGCAUUUCACACUACUUUUUGAUUAUAAUUGAAUUGUAAGGCUUGUAUGAAUGUCCUGCUUAAUAUAAUGUUUGUGUCAUUGUUGUAAAUCAACUGCAUUAUACUUUUUUUAAAACACUUCAACUUCAACCAGUAAAAUGGCUCUUUGGCUACAGCCUAUGUCAAUGAGCAAUAGCAUUCUAGCUCACAACUGCUGCAUCCAAAAUAGGUAUUUUGCAACUAUCACAACCAAAUGUAAUUUUAGUGACUGUAAAAGCAAUAAUCAAAACAACAUUGUAAGCAUAUGAGAACAAAAAAGUGUUUUUGUUUAGAAGUAAUAACUAUGUAAAUCUAUGCUAUUUUCUUAGUGAUGUCAUAAAGCCAGAGGUCACAACGAUAUUAUGCAAUCAAAAGAUGGAAUCAUACAGCUAAUGAUGUCACAACUGAUAUCAUAGACCCAGUCGGUAUUAGAUAUAACCCGCCUGUGGGGAAAACAACCUGUGGUUACCUAGGUUACUCCAUUGGCUCACGGCAACAUCUUGACCUUUUUCAAACGCAAUUUUCUUGUUGUCUGCUUGUUUUAGUCAAUUACAAAACUACAUUUAAGAAAAGUACAACAUGUCUAAAGAUUACUUUUCAACAUUGCCUGCUCCCUAGCGUUCUCACUACUUAGAAAAACAUAAUAUUGUAGGGCUUCCCACAUGCCCCUUUUCAUAAUGAUGCUAGCAGCCACUUGAGUGGGUGAGUGCUAGCUAGUUGCCGACCGGAAUAUUAAGCUAGCCAAGACCAACAACACAAACAAACGGACUAUACAGCUACAAGUAGUGAGUGGCGUUACAAACAGACUGUACUAAACAAGUUAAAUGUCUUACCUGUGAUUAAAUGUUUUCCACACACAUAGCUACGUGUAGCCUACUUGGACACCGGGUCCCCACAUUUCCCACUCUCCCAUGCUGAAUAGCCUGAAGCCACAGGGCUCUUCUCACCGCCUCUAUUUCCCUACGUGGGAGCAUUGUGAACCGUAGGUCGGGAUUUUUGACCUGGUUACAUGUACAUUGAACAACACAGCAGCUUUUCGGUAUGUUUAGUUUUUUGUGUAUAACAAAAAAUCGACAACGAAGUCUCUUUUACAAUGGGGGUCAAAUGGAAAGAAUGUUUGUUUUCCCCAAUUUGUGGCCGUGGUCAAGGGGGAUUAAUUCUUAUUACGUGAAUAUCGACUCGGAGUAUAGGAUCAAAGAAACAGACAAUGAUGUCUUAGAUGUGUACUGUGAUGUCAUACAGCCAAUGAUGUCACAAAUUGUAUCAUACAAUCAGAUAAACCAUACAGACAGUGAUGUCACCAAUUAUGUGAUAUCAAUUACAAUCAAAGGUUCUCUGCUAAGACGUUGCAUGCAUCAACCAAUGAUUGCGUGGCACUUCAUCAACUGUGCCGUCAGGAAACCAGAUUGCUAAAACAUAUGACGUGGUUAGCUAAUACUUAAAAUACCUAUCCAGGUGUUGUAAGAUCUGUCAAGAACUUGCCCAUUGGAACCAUACAGACAGUAAUGUCACAAAUUACAUCACACUUUCAGAGGAAAUACACACAAUGGUGUCACAAAUUACAUCAUACAAUCAGAGGAACCAUUAAGCCAAUGGCAGUGAAGAUAAGCCACCACAUAACCCUUCUGUUAACCCUUUCCUUCCCAGGGCAACCCAGGAGAGAUGGGAGAGGCAGGGCCGUCUGGAGAGCCAGGUAUUCCUGUAUGUAUCUGAUGGGCUUCUGGGGCAGUGGGGUAUUUUGUGGGUGUCUGUGUUGUGGGUUGUUUUGUUACAAUGCAGUUGUGGUGUAUCAGCUCCUCUCACCUGCCUGCACCAUCAUCUGACUCCUCCCACAGGGCGACAUUGGUAUCCCAGGAGAGAGGGGCGAGGCGGGACCCAGAGGUGUGGCUGUAAGUAGUCUAGGUCAAAGUUCAAUUCCGUAUCCAUGGAAACAUGGCAGCAUCCACCUGUUGAGAUGGCAGUAGGUAGAGUGGAGCCAUGUACCAGGGCGGCAGGUAGUGUACUGGUUAGAGUGUUCGGCAAGUAACCGAAAAGUCACUGGUUUGAAUCCUGGAGCCGACAAGGUGAAAAAUCUGUCGCUGUGCCCUUGAGCAAGGCACUUAACCCUAAUUUGUUGUAAAACAACACAUUUCACUGUGCCUAUCUGGUGUGUGUGACAAUAAAACCAUGUUUUUAUUUGUUUUAUUACCAAUCAGAAUAGUAGUCAACAUAGCAGAAUAAAGUUUUUUUCCUGACCAUUAGAAAGUAUGGUCAAAACAGAGCGUCAAAUAUCUGCCCUGCUAGAGCUGCCCCGGUCAACUGUAAGUGCUGUUAUUGGGAAGUGGAAACUGCCUAAGGAAGCAACGUCAUCACAAGAACUGUUCGUGAGGAGCUUCAUGAAAUGGGUUUCCAUGGCCGAGCAUCACCAUGCGCAAUGCCAAGCGUCGGCUGGAGUGGUGUAAAGCUCGCCGCCAUUGGACUCUGGAGCAGUGGAAAACGCGUUCUCUGGAGUGAUGAAUCACGCUUCACCAUCUGGCAGUCCGACGGACAGGGUUUGGCGGAUGCCAUAGUGCCCGAAUGCAUAGUGCCAGCUGUAAAGUUUGGUUGGAGGAGUAAUAAUGGUCUGGGUCUGUUUCUCAAGGUUUGGGUUAGGCCCCUUAGUUCCAGUGAAGGGAAAUCUUAACGCUACAGCAUACAAUGACAUACAAUGACAUACUAGACGAUUCUGGGCUUCCAACUUUGUGGCAACAGUUUGGGGAAGGCCCUUUCCUGUUUCAGCAUGACUAUGCCCCCGUGCACAAAGCGAGGUCCAUACAGAAAUGAUUUGUCGAGAUCGGUCUGGAAGAACUUGACUGGCCUGCACAGAGCCCUGACCUCAACCCGUCAAACACCUUUGGGAUGAAUUGGAACGCCGAUUGCGAGCCAGGCCUAAUCGCCCAACAUCAGUGUCUGACCUCACUAAUGCUCUUGUGGCUGAAUGGAAGCAAGUCCCCGCAGCAAUAGUCCAACAUCUAGUGGAAAGCCUUCCCAGAAGAGUGGAGGCUAGUAUAGCAGCAAAGGGGGGACCAACUCCAUAUUAAUGCCCAUGAUUUUGGAAUGAAAUGUUUGACGAGCAGGUGUCCACCUACUUUCAUGUAGUGUAUUACCACAUUACCUAUUGAUGAGUCUGCUGCUCUCUCAUUCUCUCCCAUUAUGCUUACAACAAGGCUGAAAUGAAACAAGAGCACAGAGGCAUUAUUAGAAGGAUUUCAACUGCCAACAACACUCAACUCUUUCCGUAAAGUUUGGAUGUGACAUUCAUUUUCAGUUCCAAAGCUUCUUGCCCAUAAAAUAUCAAUCAUAAAUUGCUGGAUUACUUGUAUUGUUUUCAUGUGGACAUUAGCAAGUGAAAUAAGAUGGUGUUACACGUUUUAUCCAUCAUGUUAUUGCUUGUUUGAAUAUACAGUAUGUUGAUUGAGAGAGGAUAAGGAUGAAAACUUCCCUUAUUAGUUCAAUGGUUAAAACACAAUAGUUUGUGAUUAACUAGGAGACUGUUGGAAAGCAACGUACAACAUGAGUGAGAAAGGUACAGAGGAACAAAGAUCAUACCCCCCCAAAAAAUGCUAGCAUCUCACCAUUACCAAUAACAGGAGUUAAGAGAUUAUCUGGUUCGAAUCCCUGAGCCUUGAGCAAGGCACUUAACCCUAAUUGCUCUGGAUAAGACUAAAAUGGAAACGGUAAAACAGUAUGAAAAUACCCUCAAAUAAAAGGUGACAUUCUGUACUGUCGCAUCAUAUGAAACAUUUGAUCUCAAAUCCAAACAGGCAUCGAGGCAGACAGGCAUCGAGGCAUUCACUUACUGUUCGAUUGAACGUUAGAAUGGGCAAAAUAAGUGACCUGAGCGUGGUAUGAUCAUCGGUGCCAGGCGCACCGGUUCCUGUAUUUUAGAAUUUUAGAAUUCACGCACGACAGUGUCUAGGGUUUCCUGAGAAUGGUGUGCCAAACAAAAAGCAACCAGUCAGCGCUAGCUUGUUGAUGAGAGGUCGAAGGAGAAUGGCAAGAAUCGUGCAAGCUAACAGGUGAGCCACAAACAGGCAAAUAACGGCGCAGUACAACAGUGGCGUGCAGAACGGCAUCUUGGAACGCACAACUCAUCGGUCCUUGUCACGGAUGGGCUAUUGCAGCAGACGACCACACCGGGUUACACUCCUAAACAAGAAGAAGCGGAACCAGUGGGCACGCAAUCACCAACACUGGACAAUUGAGGAGUAGAAAAACAUUGCCUGGUCCGACGAAUCCUGUUGCGUCAUGCUGAUGGCAGAGUCAGGAUUUGGCAUAAGCAGCAUGAGUCCAUGGCCCCAUCCUGCCUGGUGUCGAUGGUACAGGCUGGUGGCAGUGGUGUAAUGGUGUGGGGAAUGUUUUCUUGGCACACGUUAGGUCCCUUGAUACCAAUUGAGCAACGUUUCCGUGCCCCGAAGAAUUCAGGCUGUUCUGGAGGCAAAGUGGGGUCUGACUCAGUACUAGAGGGGUGUACCUAAUAAACUGUGUAUAGCUAUUCCCCUCCAGUUAGAUGGAGGCAGUGGGGAAGACAGGAAUGUAUCAAAGAGGGAUGGAUGAAAGAGGGUCAGAGACACAGAGGGGGUUUUGUCUUUGGUUCCCUAUCAGAACCCUAGAGGGAGGGAAUGCAGGAUACAGCCAGGAUAUAAAAGUGAUUAUCAUGCUCUACACCAGGGUUUCCAAAACGGAAAUGUACUUCCUGUGUCUGCAGGCCCUCAUGUACUUCUUGUUAUGCUAACAUAAUGUUAUGUAUUUCCCAGGGGGGCAUCGGACCAGUGGGCAACAUCGGGGUUCAGGGCAGCAAAGGCUUCCAGGUCAGUGGCAUGAUGGGAUACAUCCUUUCUGGACAAUCCCUGAAUGAAAUUCUGUGUCAUGUGUUGGAGGUCUUCUGAUGGUGUCUAUGUCAUGUUCAACAGGGAAUAAAGGGGGCUCUGGGGGACCCUGGUCUUCCCGGACCAACCGGAAUCCGCGGCGGAUUUGGUGAGAGGGUGAGUAUGACCCCGAACAGAAUGGUUGCUGGCCAACGACCGCUGAAGUGACCAACAGUGAUGUCCACCCCGGGGAUUUGAACAGUUCACCAUCUGGUUCCAAGCCCAAGCAUCCCUAUUCACUCCACUGAUGUCCUUCUGGGAAUAAACAAGGCCUUUUAUUUGUAGCUAUGCCUUUAAAGACAGAUUAGAGUUAUUGACCAACUAACCCAAUAUUGGACUACACACAAACAUGCACACACAUAGCUCCUCCUGCCACACCCAUUUAGAUCAGAGCAGUAUAUAGUCAUAACCUGGGCAGUGUGGGCUCACUCACUCCAGCCCUAGUGGUGUGUAUUCAUACUGUACCCAGGAGAGAGGUAAGAAAGCAGCCUCCUGUUCAGGAGCCGAGGGCAGAACAAAGCCUGGCUUUAUCCAGCUCCUGGGCUGCCCCACUCCACAACCCAGCACACCUCCCUCCAUCCCUCCCUGCAUCUCACUCAGCGCACACAGUCUGCCAUCUAUGGAGCAAUGCCCUCUGCUUCUGGUCUCCACAACCACUGGCUUUUAUUCCCCUCUCUCUCUCUCUCUCUCUCUCUCGCUCUCAUUCUGUUUCUCCUGCAGGGUCCAGUCGGAGCAUCAGGCCCUAAAGGAGACAUGGUAAGUACACAUGUACUUCACUUGUAGCUUCCUACAGUAGGGGUCAAAUAAUUAUAUUACCAUAGAAACCCCCUUCCCACUGUCUUCAUUCAGUGUGCUCAUGGGGUUACCCUGUCUCUUAAAGGGUUCAGAGAGAAUCUUGCCAUUGCCAUUGAUAAUGGGAAAGGUUAAAGAGGUGGGAAUAUGGUUUUAUGGGCUCAUUAUGGAAGUAUAUUUGUGUGUAUUUGACUUUUCUAGGUACAUAACGAAACAUGGACAUGAUAUUUUCUAUGCAAGCUUCCAUGCACACCCAAUUAUUGUUAUUCAAAUAUUCACUCAGGCUUGAAAAGCAAAAGGAACAAUUAUAACCACUAAGUAGCAUAAACAAAUUGUUAUUUUGUUUUCUGUUCAGGGCGUGGCAGGAGCUGAUGGUUUGCCCGGGGAAAAUGGAGAACCUGUAAGUUAUCUUUCAUAUUUUAAGUUUAGUCAAAUUAAUAUACAUUCAAUUAGCAUGAAAACGUGUGUCAUCCCAUUUCUUUUGUCUUAUUUGUCAACAAUGUUUUGCUCAUUUUCAGGGUCCAUUUGGUCCAGUUGGCCAAAAAGGAGAGGUGAGUAAUAAUAUCUUUAUCCAAACUGUGGAGCGAAUCCUUGUCAGUGUUGAAUGUAUGUUUGACAACCACAAUAUGUUUAGGGCCUAAAUUCAAUCAGAUCAACCAUUAACCGGCGAUAGCAGACACCCGCAUUGUGGAUGUUUUGGUGGAGUCAGAGGUGGAACUGUGUUGGAGCGGUCAAAUCGGUGAGCAGCUGCGCUUGUGAUCAUUGUCACAAAGCAACACCAGCCCCACUCCAGUUAGAAGUUCAGAAUGAGAAAAUGUAAGCUAUAUAUAAAUAAUGACGCUCAAAUUGAAAAAUCAUUCAACAAAAUAAUGAGGAUUUCUAUCAUCCUAAUGGAGGUGUAGAUUACAUCUCACAUUCCAGUGUUCCAACUUGUAAACAAGGCUACAUGGGAUUUCUGUUACUGCAACUCCGUGCAGUGGGAGCCACUUGUGGAUUUGACAGCUCUAACUCAGUUCCACCUCCGACACCGUCAAAACAACAACUAUGCAGAUGUCUGCUAAAGCGGACCUGAUUGAAUAGAUCCCUAGGUCUUGGAUCCCAACUCCAUUCAUUGACACAUAUUUUACUGGCAGGUUUGUCCCUCUAGAUAACGACCACAACGAUUGUGAUCAUAUUCACUAGGCGUACAGUCAAAAACCCUACUUAGUUGGGCAUACUAGACCAGUCUAUCAUUGUCCCCUUUAUCACUAUCUUACACAACAUCUUUAGCUGCUCUUUCCCUAAUUAUGGUCUCUCUCCCCUCUCUAUCUUUUCUCUCUGAUGUGUUGCCAGAGAUUUGGUGUUGGCACUAAGUGCUGGUGCCAAGGCCAGACUGCAACACACUAACUAAUUGCACGGGAUCCCAGCUCACAUUCCAGGAUUAGCUGGAUAGAUUAGCCUGCUGUACGAUUUCUUAGCCCACUAUCUGCCAUCCCCACAGGGGAGAAGGGAGCCAUGCUAAGCUGCAGCACAGUUUAGCUCACAAUUAAUGCAAUUACAGCCAAGACACUGAUGUGGCUCGCUAACGCUAACUGAUGCUAGCUACAGCAACUCUCACACUUAGGAAUUGUUGUUUUGUUCAUUAAAUUAAUUAUCAAGUGAGACAUAUGUACACCCCCACACUGAUGUUCUCAAGCUACACAACUACAGUGUUUACUUUUCGAAAGCCCUUUGACAAGUCAGGUUGUUUCUUAUUCUGGGAACAAAUUACCUCAAAUUAACUACUGAACCAGCAACAAUUGAGCUGUCUGAUUCCCUCAGAUCAAGAUGCUACACUUUCUUCCCUCACAACUGAACACCUCCACUGAAUUUAACUCUGUUUGACAUUUACUGAGUGAACACAAGAGCUGUUCAUUUGAUUUCGUUUUUUUGUGUGCUUACAGUCUGGGAAGCGUGGAGAGCUGGGACCCAAGGGCGUGGUGGGACCACAGGGAGAGCUCGGAGCCAGAGGGGUUCCUGGGAAACCAGGCCUCAUGGGCUUUCAGGGUGAACAGGGUCUGCCCGGAAUCGCUGGCAAGAUUGGUGUUCCCGUGAGUAACCUCUGAGUAACUAUGGGUAAUGCUGUACUUCGAUCCCUGUAAACUUGGCAAGUUGGUGUCCCUGCGCCGAGAAUGCCUCAGAUUGACUGAACUGUCAUUGAUGACACCUGCUGAAUGAAAUGUCUGUCUUCUCUGCCUCUGUUUUCAGGGUAAACUGGCAAGCGAACAGCACAUCAGAGAAUUGUGUGGAUCUAUGAUUGAUGGUGAGGAUUUUCGAGAUCAAAAGGGCUGUAGGGUGUAGUGUCCUUGUCUUUCUUUAAAUUACCAAAAAGUGAAUAUGUUUGCAAAUUUCUGUUCCUCUGUCCUCUCUCUCUCAGAUCAGAUUGCACAGCUGGCUGCCAACCUCAGAAGACCCCUGUCCCCUGGCCAAGUGGGUCGCCCCGGCGCUGCCGGACCUCCAGGGAAGCCAGGCGAGACCGGGUCUAUCGGUCACCCCGGCUCCCGUGGACCUCCUGGCUACAGAGGACUGCCUGGAGACCUAGGAGACCCCGGUCCCAGAGGUAAGUAGCAGGAGAUGCACAGGGCCAUGCCGAGAAACAUACAGCUCAAAAUGUCUGCCCAUGUGAUCAGCACAGAGCAAUGGACUUACUUUGCAGCACAGAACGUACUGUAAGUCUCAUUAGAAGUGUACAGACAGGGGUGACCAUCUCUAAUAUGUUGGGCAUAUUGCAGUUCUCAUAGCCAAUAGAUUGCCUUUUUUUUGUAACAUUGUUUUCCGUCUCUUCCACAGGUGAUCUUGGUGAACAGGGUGACAAGGGACCCAUCGGAAAAGCCAUCGAAGGGCCCAUUGGAGACCAAGGAUACCAAGGUAUGACAGUUUAUUCACUGUGCAUUCACAGUGAGUGUGGUUUGGGCUAGAAUGAUAAAAGUUAAAGGGUAGCCAAGGGGAGUUGUAUCAGUAUACUGUCUUUGCCACGAAACCCUUCUUUGUGGGACAUCUGAGCUUAUAUUUGAGAGUAGUGCAGGUUUCCCCUCUGUGUUUGAAUCAGUGCGUACUUGUUAGGAGACUUGGCUCAUUCCCUAUACUGUUUCUGUGCCCAUAGGUAUCCCAGGAGUAUUUGGAAUCGUCAAAGACGGGCGUGACGGAUCCCCAGGAGAUCCAGGAGAGCCCGGAGAGGCAGGUAGGACAGGAAGAACAGGGCACUCGGGCUCCCCAGGAAUCUGUGACACUACUGCCUGCCAGGGGGCAAAUGUCCAUGGGAAAACCUCCAAUCCCAAGAACCAUUAAACAUGACUUCCCUCAUCCCGUAAGCAGCAACCCCUGGGAGGAGAAAAGAGGAGGAAGAGGAGGAGGAGAGGAGAGAAAGGAGUCACAUAAUGUCCUCUUUAAUGUAUUUAAAACAAGACAGGAACAGUAACAACAGAUGUGAGAUUUAUUUUGAGGAAGAGAAGAACAUCCCAAGUGUUAAAAGAAGGAAAACAGCAGUUUGGGAAAACAAAGAAACAAACUGAGAGACUAAAAAUCAAGACUCCACCCAUCUAUGAAGUGGACAAAGCUGAGUAAACAUUUCACAAGAGCGCUAGAAAACACCUGCAUUGCUCCAAAUACCAUCAAAAGUGAAUAACAAUUUAAUGAAAAUAAAAAAGACUGAAAAACAACUUUACUGGAAAAGUGCUUAUAGGCCAUUAUUUUUCAAAACCAUUUGUUUGUAAAAAUAUGUACUUACAGUGAGGGAAAAAAGUAUUUGAUCCCCUGCUGAUUUUGUACAUUUGCCAACUGACAAAGACAUGAUCAGUCUAUACUUUGAAUGGUAGGUUUAUUUGAACUGUGAGAGACAUAAUAACAACAACAAAAUCCAGAAAAACGCAUGUCAAAAAUUUUAUAAAUUGAUUUGCAUUUUAAUGAGGGAAAUAAGUAUUUGACCCUCUCUCAAUCAGAAAGAUUUCUGGCUCCCAGGUGUCUUUUAUACAGGUAACGAGCUGAGAUUAGGAGCACACUCUUAAAGGGAGUGCUCCUAAUCUCAGCUUGUUACCUGUAUAAAAGACGCCUGUCCACAGAAGCAAUCAAUCAAUCAGAUUCCAAACUCUCCACAAUGGCCAAGACCAAAGAGCUCUCCAAUGAUGUCAGGGACAAGAUUGUAGACCUAAACAAGGCUGGAAUGGGCUACAAGACCAUCGCCAAGCAGCUUGGUGAGAAGGUUACAACAGUUGGUGUGAUUAUUCGCAAAUGGAAGAAACACAAAAUAACUGUCAAUCUCCCUCGGCCUGGGGCUCCAUGCAAGAUCUCACCUCGUGGAGUUGCAAUGAUCAUGAGAACGGUGAGGAAUCAGCCCAGAACUACACAGGAGGAUCUUGUCAAGGAUCUCAAGGCAGCUGGGACCAUAGUCACCAAGAAAACAAUUGGUAACACACUACACCGUGAAGGACAGAAAUUCUGCAGCGCCCGCAAGGUCCCCCUGCUCAAGAAAGCACAUAUACAGGCCCAUCUGAAGUUUGCCAAUGAACAUCUAAAUUAUUCAGAGGAGAACUGGGUGAAAGUGUUGUGGUCAGAUGAGACCAAAAUCGAGCUCUUUGCCAUCAACUCAACUCACUGUGUUUGGAGGAGGAGGAAUGCUGCCUAUGACCCCAAGAACACCAUCUCACCGUCAAACAUGGAGGUGGAAACAUUAUGCUUUGGGGGUGUUUUUCUGCUAAGGGGACAGGACAACUUCACCGCAUCAAAGGGACGAUGGACGGGGCCAUGUACCGUCAAAUCUUGGGUGAGAACCUCCUUCCCUCAGCCAGGGCAUUGAAAAUGGGUUGUGGAUGGGUAUUCCAGCAUGACAAUGACCCAAAACACACGGCCAAGGCAACAAAGGAGUGGCUCAAGAAGAGGCACAUUAAGGUCCUGGAGUGGCCUAGCCAGUCUCCAGACCUUAAUCCCAUAGAAAUUCUGUGGAGGGAGCUGAAGGUUCGAGUUGCCAAACGUCAGCCUCGAAACCUUUAUGACUUGGAGAAGAUCUGCAGAGAGGAGUGGGACAAAAUGCCUCAUGAGAUGUGUGCAAACCCGGUGGCCAACUACAAGAAACAUCUGACCUCUGUGAUUGCCAACAAGGGUUUUGCCACCAAGUACUAAGUCAUGUUUUGCAGAGGGGUCAAAUACUUAUUUCCCUCAUUAAAAUGCAAAUCAAUUUAUAAUAUUUCUGACAUGCAUUUUUCUGGAUUUUGUUGUUGUUAUUCUGUCUCUCACUGUUCAAAUAAACCUACCAUUAAAAUUAUAGACUGAUCAUGUCUUUGUCAGUGGGCAAACGUACAAAAUCAGUAGGGGAUCAAAUACUUUUUUCCCUCACUGUAUGGUCUUUCACUCCCUUAUCAUCUUGCGUCACAUCCCCCCCCCCCCACCCCCCCAUGGAAGAUAACUCUCCAAAACACUACAACUGUGAUUGUCCUUGCAGUGAAUGUGUAUGUGUCAAGGUCCUUUCUGCUUAGACCGCGGGUGUUACCGCACAGGACAAGCUUACGAAAUGUAAAAUAGGAAGAUAUGUGCCAGUGAGCAAAGUGAAGUCUCUGCCAAGGAGCUUUGUGUGUACCGUAACAGGCAAUGAAGAAACCUAAGUGCCCAGAUAUUUUGUAUAUUGAUGCAACCACAGUAUUUUACAACUCUUGCUAGACUCGUUUUUUUUUAAAAGCAGUUUGUAAAGUUUUAUUGUUGUCAGUUUCUUUUUUUCUCUCUUUUGUUUCACUUUUCAUGAUUACAUGUUUGAUUUUAAAAUCUCCCCUUCCAAUAUGUUUUGAAAAUAAAAAAUGUUGUGGAUGCAUCAGAAAUUGUAAUUGUAGAAUAACUCAUUAACAAUGUGUUCUUUAUCUUUUUUAUUUUGUAAUGACCACAUCCACUAUGUACCGGUGCUGUAACUAUUAAAUAUACAUGACUUUAAAUACUAUUUAUUAUUUGUGGGUGACUGUUGUAUGUACAGUAAGAUGCUACAGCAC